CUGUUCUAAAUGCAUAUAAGUGAACCGAACUAUUGAGCAUCUACAUCUGAGAUGUUGCUCGAGAAGCGCUCAAAUAUUGUGCACCGCUCUGAAGGCUAAAAAUAGCUGCGAGUGUGUGUAAACAGAGCAGCACCAUUCAAUAAUGCGCUGGAGCUGCGUGUGCAUUUUAUAUAUUUACUUAUUAAACACAGCCUUUUGUGAUUCACAGAGCUAUCGCAUAUCUUCAAGUGGCUUUGAAUAAAAUGCAUGAGUCAUAUGAACUACUUUAAUUGUGUUUUAAUGGUUCUUUUAUAUCAUUUUUUGAGCUUGACAGUAACGAACAUGACUAACACACAGUAUCGGAUUUGGAUCGGGCUCCUCGGACCAAUACCCGAUCCGUUUGAAAACGUCAGUAUCGGAGCCGAUACUGAUCCAGGUAUCAGAUCGGUGCAUCCCUAGCACGUAGCCAUCCCUACCGACUGCCUGAGCACAAGAAAAAAGUAGUUUGGGAAGAAUUAGAUGCAACGCUCGAUAUGGGAGUAAUAGAAGAAUCCCACAGUGAUUGGUCCAGCCUGGUUGUUCUAGUCCCUAAGAGCGAUGGAUUUAGCACUUCAAGACAGACUCUGACAUGGAUUCCUGACUCUUUCUUCUCAAGUUUACUUAGUGGGAGAAUAUCAACACUACGGGAUGAAACUGGAGCCAUAUUUAUUGACAGAGACCCAACAACAUUUGCCCCUAUUUUAAACUUCCUUCGGACAAAAGAAUUGGACUUAAGGGGGGUUAACGUAAGCAUCCUAAGACAUGAAGCUGAGUUCUAUGGUAUUACACCUUUAGUACAACGUUUACUUCUUUGUGAAGAACUGGAACGAUCUUCAUGUGGAAGUGUGCUCUUUCAUGGCUACCUCCCUCCACCAGCUAUCCCAGCUCGGAGCGCUGCUAGUGGGCAGGCUGCAGGCCAGGAAGAGCGUUUGGUUCCCAGUGGACCAGAGGGGAGUUUCCUCUGUUCUUGUCCACAGUCUUCUCUCCCUGGGCCUCGUGGGGCAGAUGGACCUCAAAGACUGGGAUCACCAGUCGACCCUAGGAAGGUGCUGAUUGUCGCUGGCCAUCAUAACUGGAUUGUAGUUGCUUAUGCCCAUUUUGUCAUUUGUUACAGGAUAAAGGAGUCAUCUGGCUGGCAGCAGGUGUUCUCCAGCCCAUACCUGGAUAGGACCAUUGAGCGGGUGGCCCUUAAUGCUAAAGUGGUGGGUGGCCCACAUGGAGAUAAAGACAAGAUGGUUGCAGCAUCUUCUGAGAGCACCAUUAUACUCUGGAGUAUCCAGGAUGGAGGGAGUGGAAGUGAAAUAGGUGUUUUCAGCCUUGGAGUGCCUGUUGACUCCUUGUUUUUCAUUGGGAGUCAACUUGUUGCCACCAGUCACACAGGGAAAGUAGGAGUGUGGAAUGCCGUUACCCAGCAUUGGCAGGUGCAGGAUGUAGUGCCCAUUACAAGCUGUGACACGGCUGGCUCCUUCCUCUUGCUUGGCUGUAACAAUGGCUCAAUUUAUUAUAUUGACGUGCAGAAGUUUCCACUGAGAAUGAAGGACAACGACUUGCUGGUGACAGAGCUGUACCACGACCCAUCGAACGAUGCCAUUACAGCCCUCAGUGUCUACCUAACUCCUAAAACCAGCGUGAGUGGGAACUGGAUUGAGAUAGCUUACGGAACUAGCUCAGGGGCUGUGCGUGUUAUUGUACAGCAUCCAGAGACUGUAGGAUCUGGACCACAGCUCUUCCAGACCUUCACUGUCCACCGCAGCCCCGUCAUUAAGAUCAUGCUCUCUGAGAAGCACUUAGUGUCCGUGUGCGCUGACAAUAACCACGUACGCACAUGGACGGUGACACGGUUCAGAGGCAUGAUCUCCACCCAACCAGGAUCUACUCCACUGGCAUCUUUUAAAAUCAUCUCACUGGAGGAGACGGAGAGCCACAGCAGCUAUUCCUCUGGCAAUGACAUUGGUCCAUUUGGUGAGAGAGACGACCAGCAGGUGUUCAUUCAGAAAGUCAUUCCCAUUACCAACAAACUCUUUGUUCGCCUUUCCUCUACUGGGAAAAGGAUCUGUGAGGUUCAGGCGGUAGACGGCACCACCAUCACAUGUUUCACAGUGCGAGAGUGUGAGGGCUCCAGCCGUAUGGGCUCCAGACCCCGUCGUUACCUCUUCACUGGCCAUGCAAAUGGAAGCAUUCAGAUGUGGGACCUAAGCACAGCCAUGGACACAGUCAAUAAGGUUGACGACAAGAUCAAGCGGGAGCCAGAGGUGGGAGGUCCAACUGAAGAGGAGCUUCUGAAGCUGCUUGACCAAUGUGAUUUGAGCACAUCUCGAUGUGCCACGCCCAAUAUCAGCCCUGCCCCCUCUGUGCUGCAACAUAGCCGACUACUGGAGUCCUCUUCCAGUCUCCAAUUGCAGGGUCAAGAGCCUAUCCCUGAGACAGCCACUUAUGGAGCCUUGCGCCCGUACCGAGAGAGCCCCUUACUGGCCCGUGCUCGACGCACAGAGAGCUUCCACAGCUACCGAGACUUCCACAGCUUAAACCUGAGCAAGGCCCUGCUGGAGAACACCGGACAGGGUGGAUCCACUGAGGACGAGAUGCGCCCAUCUGCAGGGGAGAGCAGUGCUGAGGAUGGUGACAAAAGCAACUCCACCACAGAGCUUUGGGGGAGCAGAGUGUCUGAAACCCAAUCUGCAGCUGCAUGCAAACCCCCAGACAGCCCUGGAGACCAGCGAUGGAGGGCCCAUUUGAUGGAGGAGGGGGCUUUGGAGUGCAGACCAGAGGGAGGGAAGAGGAGAGGGGCAUUUGAAACUAAUUUUCUGGGCAGGAAAAAGGCACCUCCGGUUCCACAAUUGAGCUCCCCACUAGCAGGAGCCGAUGGAGGUAGCAGUGACUCAUCUAGCACUGCCUCUCCAUCACCAACUAAAGUGUCCACAUCUCCACGCCAUCGCAAGGGCCCUGACACUGCAUGUGAGUGAUGGUUUACACAGAUUUAUGACUCACUUUGACCAAGUGAGUUUUAUUCAGUAGUCUCAGCAAACAUUUAAAUGUUUAUAUCUCAGCAGUGGUUUGUAGUAGAAACAUAGUAUUUACAUUAUUAGAAAGCAGAGACUUUUUACCUAUAGUGCAAAUCAAAUGUGCUUCUGGGUCAAAGUGACUCAAAAUUAUGAAGCAAGUCACAUUUAUCAAAAACAAGUCAUACCAAAUACAGUAAUCUCAGACAAGUUAAAUAAGGAAGAUGGUUGGACGAUUUCAGGAGUGUUCAGUAUAUAGGGGUAAAUGUGAAUGUUGAUGAGUUAGAAAGGAUAUCACCUGGCAGUUAACAAACUCAACUACUGUGGACAAAAUUAAAGGGAAAAUAUACAGUACAGAUGUUUCACAGAACCUUUUUUUUUUUUUUUCAUGUUCCCUCCCUCAAUUAAAAGUCGUUGGUUAACUCCAUUUUGUGAAAAACAUCAUGUGCUUUUUUCACUUGCACCACCUGGGCCUUAAACUUAUUUUCCUGGCUUUGCCAAGGCUUUAGUUAUCUUUGCUUAAGUUUGACUUUUCAUUCCUUGAUGUAAAUUUACCAACAAGCUAUACAUGCAAUUAUUUGCAAGGAAUUGUUUACGCUGAGCUAAUUAGAUUACAUAUUGGAAAUAAUGUAAGCUGUGAAAUUUUGAAAAUUGUAAAAGAUCAUAUCACAUAACAUUUGCAGUUUGUAUGCAUGCACCUUUAAUACAAAACCUACAAAAAGUAAUUUUAUCCAAUUUGUUUGCAUAAUGGAACGCUAAUCACUUAUUUCCGAGUUCUUUUAAGUUGCUUUUUUAAACUAUUAUCAUGCUGAUGCUACUAUCCACUAACAGUACCUUUGUAAACACUGCAAUGCACUUUUUUAUCCAUUUAUAAUGAAAUGAGGAUUCAACGGAUAAACUACAACUCAUGAACAGGUUUUAAAUGAAGAUUAGAAUUAAAUGUUGCCAUGAGGGAUGCAGGAAUGAUAAGCCUUUCAUAUUGCAUUUCAUAAAAGGGAUUUUUGCUUGCUCUAUCCAUUUAGUGCCUUUUUCUUAUUUGGAUAGCUUCUGUUCUUGAGUGAUAUCCAUUUUUUUUCUCUUUCUCAUAGACGUGUGGUGGUUAUUUCAUUACAUUAUGCAACUGAUUUAAGUGAAACCAAAAUAAGAGGGACAUUAUGAUAACUAAAUUAUUGGAGUAACAAAUUCAAAUUCCCAAAUGUAAACAUUAGCAUCAUGCAUUAUUUUAACUAUCACAGACUGACUAAAUUACUGGUGAUAUAACUUACAGGUGAAGUGUAUACUUUAAAUAGGAAUUGCAAAAAUGAUAAUUGUUUCCAAACUGGUUUCCCAAACACUUCUACUGCCUUAUUCUACCCGACCCACACAUUGUUUGGUUAAACAGGUUCACAGCAUUGGUUUUGGGAACACUACAAAGGUACAUUUUACACUCUUGGGAGGUCAUUCUAUGAAUGGCUUACUUAUAGUUUUAUAAGUAAGCUUAUAGUUAAUGUAGUAAUGUAGUUUACUAAACUUACUGUUUGCAAAUUAAACUAGGAUAAGGCAAAGUUUUUGUAUACUUGUACAUUUUUAUAAAGUUAUAUAUGUUAACAUUA